CCCUCUCCCAACCCCUAACACAUAAUUAAUUCCCCCCAAAUCCGACUCCUUCCAUUUCCCCAGUCUCCUCCCCUUCUUCUUCCUUAAUCUUCAACUCCCUCCUAACGGUCAACGCCGGUCAAAACCCAUGACCACCUACGGCACGAUCCCGACCUCGUCGUCUACUCAGGGCCCCUCCGGCGAGUACAUCUCGCGCGCCAAGGAGCGCAUCAAGGCCGGCCUCGGCGCUCGCCGGCCAUGGAAGCUCAUGUUCAACUUCAGAUCCUUCAACUUCCCGUCGCCGUUCCGCGAGGUCUUCGGGCGAAUCCGAUCGAACGUCGCCUACUUCCGGAUGAACUACGCGAUCGUGGUGCUGCUGAUCCUCUUCCUCAGCCUCCUCUGGCACCCGAUCUCGCUUAUCGUCUUCAUCAUCAUGAUGGCCGCCUGGCUCUUCCUCUACUUCCUCCGCGACGAGCCCCUCGUGCUCUUCGGCAAAACGGUGGACGAUCGCGUCGUUUUGAUCGUCUUGGCGGUGGUCACGAUCGUGCUCUUGUUCUUGACCCAUGCGACGGUGAAUAUUUUGGUGGCGCUGUUGAUUGGGGUUGUGUUGGUGGUCGUGCACGCGGGGUUGAGAAAGACGGAUGAUUUGUCUGUGGAUGAGGAGAACUCUGACUUGUUGACUCCUGCUGCAUCUUCUUCAUCUACUUAAUUCAAUCCAAUUCAAUUCUCUGUUUUUUUUUUUUUCCUCUUUCCUUUUCUUUUGUAAUUUUGGGUUUUGAUGAUUGAUGAUUGAAGUUAUUGUAUCUGCCACUCUGCCCCCAAUUUGUUCUUUUGCGAUCAAUCUAGUGAAGUUAUUAAUUUUUUUC